UAUCUAAUGUCCAACCUCAAAUCUUCUGUGUUAAAACAAAAACAAGAGCAGCUCAACUAAUUUUCUUCAGCACAAACAGACACAGCAGUAGCCAUGGCUACUUGUUUACGAAUACUACCAAUAACCGCCCCUUCAGUACCUUCAUCAUCAUCAUCUUUUUCCAAGUCUCAGCCACUCAAAAGAAUCGGAAACUUCAGAAUCAAUUGCUCCUCAGCUAAAAUUCCAAUGCCUCCUGUAAACCCUAAAGACCCAUUUCUAUCAGAACUCGCUUCUAUAGCUGCUAACUCACCCGACUCGCUCCUCGACCGCCCUAUCAGCUCCGAUACGCCGCCGUUUCUUGACCUCUUUGACUCUCCCAAGCUCAUGGCCUCUCCCGCUCAGGUUGAAAGAUCAGUGUCGUAUAAUGAGCAUAGGCCGAGGAAGCCGCCGCCGGACUUGCCUUCAUUGCUUCUUCACGGUAGAAUUGUUUAUAUUGGCAUGCCGUUGGUGCCUGCUGUUACAGAGCUUGUUGUUGCGGAAUUGAUGUAUUUGCAGUGGAUGGAUCCGAAAGCACCAAUUUAUUUGUAUAUAAAUUCCACGGGAACGACUCGUGAUGAUGGUGAAACGGUGGGAAUGGAAACAGAGGGUUUUGCUAUCUACGAUUCAAUGAUGCAGUUAAAAAAUGAGAUACAUACAGUUGCUGUUGGAGCUGCUAUUGGUCAGGCUUGUCUGCUACUUGCUGCAGGAACAAAGGGCCAUCGCUUUAUGAUGCCACAUGCAAAAGCCAUGAUCCAACAACCAAAAGUCCCAUCUUCAGGACUGAUGGCCGCAACUGAUGUACUCAUUCGUGCGAAAGAGGCUAUAACUAAUAGAGACACCCUUGUUGAACUUCUGGCUAAGCACACCGAAAAUCCUGUGGAGACGGUAGCCAAUGUAAUGAAAAGACCAUUUUAUAUGGAUUCUAGAAGAGCUAAAGAAUUCGGGGUCAUCGACAAAAUUCUUUGGCGGGGACAGGAAAAGAUAAUGGCAGAUGUUGUGACUCCAGAAGAAUGGGAUAAGUUGGCCGGCAUUAAAAUCCCCGAUCCAUUCUAGUAACGAUUUAGAAGCUGUUCGUAAUUCUGAUUUCGGUGCAGCCCCCAACAGUAGGACUGGAUUUCUGCCGGUGGAUGUAAUCCAACCACACCUUUCUGUUAUCCCUUAUUAUUGAUAAAUAGUGUCUUAUUUGGAAGAACAGAUUGUAAUGCUGUUUACAGUUCCCAAAAUUAUCUUGGUAAAGCAAUGUACUAUACGGAAAUCUGCGAGGAAGGUGAUGUAAAAUGGCUGGAAAAUGGUGUAGCAGGACAGUAUGUCUCCUUGCUAGCUUUUGUUCUAGUUUCUUGGAUGAACACCUAGAAUCGAUCAACAAGGUCAAAUAUUAAAUUAAAAUGAAAAUUGUUUUUAGAUAUA